AUGGAAGCUAGGAAAGAAGCACGAUUGGAUGAAGAUCUUCAAAGUGUUGGUUAUCUAACUAAAAAUGCCUCUCAUUUCAAGGCUCUUCAAGUAUACAUGGAGCAUCGGUAUUAUGGAAAAGCAAUCCCAUUUGGAUCAAUGGAAGAAGCCAUGAGAAAUGAGAGCACUCGUGGAUAUUUCAACUCAGCUCAAGCUAUAGCUGAUUAUGCAGAGCCUCAUCUGCCCCCAAUUCUUUACUUUGAUGAUAUAACUCCACAAAAUGGAUAUUACUCAAAAGUAACCAAGGAUUUCAAGGAGUUCAGCAAGCGUUGUUACGAAACUAUUCGAAGAUCAUGGUCAGAAAUUCGCUUCCAAGCCCAGUGGCCUCUCCAUUCUCGGCCAAAGGAUGUAGAUGUAAACGUCAUGGCAUUGGUUGCAAAUGCCAUGUUUUCUAGCAAGAAUUAG